AUGGAGCGCAGCAUGAUGAAACCAGACUGGGCCACAAUCAACGUGGCGAGAAGUGCGGGACAAGACGACAUAGCGAGGUAUAUGCUCGACCACAGCGGUCUGGCCAACGCAGCGGACUCUGACGGAAGAACUCCCCUUUGGACGGCUUCCGACAAGGGCGAUUACGAACUCGUGGAAUUCUUGCUGGGUGUCGACUGUGUCGAUGUAACCAAGGCGGACAAUCACAAUCACACACCAAUGUUCCGCGCCAUACUGAACGGACAUCAUCAAAUCGUCGAGCUCGUCAUGCGGUCCGGCAAAAUGGGCCCCCGCGACAGAAUGUGGUGGUUGUAA